AUGAGAUUGUGCAAUAACGUUAAGUUCCAUGAAAUAUCUAAAUAUUCAGCGCUUGACAGGCGCCUCGCACCCCUUGCCCUCCCGGGUAAAGACGGCCCUGCCUCUAGUGAAGGUGGCGAUGAGCGGGUGAAAAGCCGAGCCCGGUUCGGGUCAGCGCCUGACCUACGCGCUGGUAACACGCGCGCUGUGUCCGCAAGUGCGCUGCGACGCCCACUGAGGCGAUACGCGCUCUCCGUCGAUGAGCCGCCACACUCCGCUGUUAGUAAUUUUUCAGAUUUCUAUAAACUGUACGCUCGAAAUUCUUUGCAAUAUUAUAAUUUUACUAGUGCCAGCGCCGCCGAAUCAGAAUGUGGUUCGCAGUCGUCGUUGGCCUUAGAUCUGCACGGCAGCGGUUCGUGCGCUGGUGUCACGUUGCGUGUAUGCGAUAAUACGCGCCGUCGCCCGCUAGCAAGGCAACAGAGACUACGUGAUGACACUAUACGACCCGUCGUCAAAGAAAAUGUAAAUAAUGCAGUUGACUUAACAUCAAGCUCCAAUAACGAUGAGAGUAUUAACGAUGGCGUGGAAAUGGUGCGGCUAUCGUGUGAAGAGGGCGAAAGAGAAAUGCAGGCAGCCAGUGCGCUACCCGUGGCAGCUGUUUCGCCACCGCCCUCCCCGCGCCCAAUCCCUCCUAUAUCCCCUCAAUGUUCGGACACUUGCAUACUCAUAGAAGAAUCCACAUCGGAAGCCACAGAAGUCCCGCUUGACGAUGUCUGA